CAUUCUUUCUUUGUCGUUGCUGUACUUGUAGCUGCUUGCCGUUUGCUUCAAUAACAACACCCGCCGCUGUAACAGCGUGGUUUACCUCUAAGGUCAGCCUGGAUUGUCUUGAAAUUUCUUCUGACAACGUAACUAUUAAGGCUGUGACAUUCUGGAAGGAGGCUUUAUGUAAGGCUUGAGCAAAGAGGCAUCAUGGAGGAAGAGGAGCACUUUGUGAACAUAGACCUGAACGAUGACAACAUCUGCAGCAUCUGUAAACUAGAAACGGACACAGGAACGCUUUCCUUCUGCCAUGUGUGCUUUGAACUGAGCAUUGAGGGUAUAUCCAGCGCCACCCUGCUGCACUCCAAGUCAUUACGUGGGCAUAGGGACUGCUUCGAGAAGUACCAUCUCAUCGCCAACCAGAAGCUCUCCCGUGCCAAGGCCUCUCACAGCGCAUACGAGGGCGUGAAACGGGCUCUGAGCCAGCGGAUCAACCGCAUUAUACAGUACACCCAGAACAGAGACUCCUUAACCGCAGAGACACCUGGGCGCUGGGGGGCCAAACAGAUUCUGUGUCACUCCCAGCAGGGCGGUAGGAAGCUCGUGCCCCAGUCGGAUGCUCAAGUUCCCCGCUAUGCACCGCGAUGGGCGGAUGAGGCGUCAAUGGCAGUUUCGGAGUAUGGGAAAUCCAUGCUGAACUGCCACUCUGCAGAGGAGCUCGGCCUCGACCUGCUGCAGGGACCACGCCAAGGAUUAUGGGCUGGAGAACAGCAGAACCGAGAGCAGAGGAGACACAAAGGACACAGCCGAGAAGAACUGGUGAUGAUGAGUGUGGAGGAGCUUCACCAGCUGAACGAGCAGCUGCUGUUACAGAUACAAAAUGUGUUUGAGGAGCUCUCUGUAGCUGUGCAGGAGAAGGACUCUCUUUCAUCAGAGCUUCAUGUACGGCACAUAGCCAUUGAGCAGCUCUUCAAAAACUGUGCCAAGCUGCCGUGGCUCCAGAUCGGGCGAGCCGGGGUCAAAGCUAGCAACAACCCAGUGGAAUGAGACCUUUUUUGGGACAACUGAGUCCCCCAAAGACCAAAAAGAAACCGCAGCUCCAAGCAGACUCUUGCGGAAGCUCAAAGCUAAAAAAAACGCACGGAAACGCACACACUGUGCUAAUGAGUUUAAUGUCACCUCGCUGAAUCUUCAGCUGGACUUUAAAAAGCGAAAGGGUUUUGCAGGCCUGUUCAAAGUGUUUCUAUGCAGAAUGAGGUGUUUUUAAAACCUUACAAAGACUCUUUUUUUUCUUUUCCAUUCAUUUUCAUAUGUUGCUUUUUCCUCCUCAUAUCACUGUUUACUCUCUACACUUGAUCAUGGGUGGUUAAUAGACUUGGAUCAGUCUGACAAUGUUCCUCCUGCACAUUCGGGCUUGCUGAUUGGUUGUGGUGUUGCUGUGGUAACUGUUGCUUAGUUAACAGUUUUUCCCUCCCUAUGCUCAUUGCAGUGGAACUUGUUAAUGACUAUGGUUGUUCUGUUACUCUUUAUUUCUCCUGUUGUGCUAAGAUACGACAUAAACGCUUUAGAGGAAGUUUACAUUUCUUUUAUUGCACUCUUAAAGCUGUGUUCUUCAAAUUGACAUUUCAUAGGUGCAUCACAACAUUUCAUGGGUUAUUAUGAUUAAGAAAAUAGCAGUUUGGACAUGAACG